AUGACGACGGAAGGCACCGCCGCCGGUCGGCCCGUCUCGGGCUCCGAGUGGGCGCGCUCCGCCUUCAGCGGGGGCUGGGACAAGCGCGGCGACACCAGGUGGCUCUACGCGGUCUUCUUCCUGCUCACCAUGGCGCAGUCCCUGCCCCUGACCGCCAUCCAGGUGGUCCUCAACCGCGACCUCGGCCUGCAGGAGCGCCCCGAGGAGCUCAACCGAUUCUUCGCCGUCGAGUUCUCCAUGUCCAUGCUCAAGCCAAUCUACGCCGCCGUGUCCGACUUACUGCCCAUCGCCCGCCGCCGGCGGGUGCCGUACAUGAUGAUCGGCGGCGUGAUGUACGCGGUGAUGCUGCAGGCGUACGCGUCGGUCCGCACGAUCGGCCAGCUGUACGCCGCGGGGGUGUGCUCCGUGAUCUUCUACGCCAUCUGCGAGACGGGCGCCGACGGCUUGCUCGUCCAGCUGUCCGGGACGGACCCGCGGCGCGCGAUGUCGACGCAGGCGACCGGGAUGCUGGUGAGGUCCGCCGGGUCGUUCGUCGCGACGGCGCUGUCCAUCCCGCUCCUCGCGGCGGUCCCCGCGCGGGCGUGCAUCUCCGCCGCGGGAUUGUUCGCGUUGGCCGCCGCAGCCGCAGCCGCGAAAGUCGCCGAGGAACCCGUCGUCGUUCACGCGAACGACUCGCCGGGGGGCGUUGGCGCGGGGCACGCGGAGGGGCGCGGGGCACGCGGCGCGGGUGCGGGGUUCUCGGGUUUAGGGUUUGGGAGUGCGGGGUUCUCGUCGGGUUUAGGGUUAAGGGGUUUGGCGCGUUUUGUUCGCCGGGGUUUGGGGUCCCCGGCGACGGCGCGACGGCUCGGCGCCGCGGCGGCGUUUCUGUUCGCGUAUCGCGUCAUGCCCACCGCGAUGGUGACGUUCACCGCGUUCACGUACGCGCGGUUCUCGAUGCCCGACUCGUACCGCGCCGGUUUGCUCCUCGUGUCCAUGGGCGGGGGCGUCGCGGCGACGGCGGCGUACGGUCGAAUAGCCGCCGCGGGCGCUCCGCUGUCGACGACGUUCGUGGUCGGAGCCUUCGCCGACGCCGUCUUGGGCUUGGGCAGGCUGAUCGUCGUCCAGGCUGAUCGUCGUCGGGACGGGGGGAACGGGGCCGCGCGCGCGCCGAUGGGUGCGCUGGUCGCCAGCGACGCGUUGACGUCGUUUGGUCAGAUGGUAGGGUACAUGCCCGUGUUGGCUCUCGCGGCGAGGUGCGCGCCGAGGGGGUUGGAGGCGACAGGCUACUCCGCGUUGCUGUUCGUCGCCGACCUGGCCACCGGCGUGGGUUCGUUGCUCGCCGCGGAGUUGACGCGAUCGAUGGGCCUCGGCGCGGGUGAAGGGAGGUCGUGGUCCAGACUGGACGCGUACGUGUGGACGUGCGCCGGGCUGAAGCUGGCGCCGCUGGCGCUGCUGCCGCUCGUGAGAGGCGGGGGCGUGGACGAUGGGGACGAGGGCGGGGGGGCGUCGUACGUGGAGCUGGACGAGAGCGUUCGGGGGGGUGUCGAUCGGGGCGGGGAGACGCUGCUUCCCGAUCCGCCCGCGACGACGAACGCCGUGUAG